AUUGUGAGUCUUGCUUUAUUUCUUGGCGAGAGAUUUAUGAAGAGGAUCUAUUUGCUGAAGGUGAACCCUGCUAAGUAAUGCCCCUUGUGGUUUUUGCUAGAUUACACGUUUUAAUUGAAUUCUUGCCCCAACUUAUAAUUGUCAUCAGGAACGAUGCAGAUAUGUUUUGUAGGACUGGAGUGUCAUUGUUUGGUGAGAACCCUGUCGCAUGCUUUGAAUGUUUGCAUCUCUUUCGUUUGUACUUAUGAUUUUUUGAAAAAUUUUACUUCUGUCAGAUCAGUGUUGACAAAAAUCUUUGAAGAAUAUCGAUGCAAUAACAUCUCCUCCUCACUUGGAAUUGUUACGAGGUACGUAGCACUUUGAGUUUGAAGUGAAGAGAGUGACGACAAAAUGAACACCAAGAAGCUCCAUCUAGAGUGGUCGCACCUCUGUUUCGAGGUUAACGGGCGGCAAGUGCUACAAGAAUGUUACGGCCGUGUAUAUCCCGGCGAGGUGACUGCCCUCCUCGGCCCCAGUGGAGCGGGAAAAAGCACUCUGAUGAACUUGUUAGCCGCCAGACAAGCUUGGAGCGGACCCGGUCGGAAGAUGAGUGGCGUAGUUCGGUAUGGAGGCAAGCGUGUAGGGUUUGAUGAAUUGAAGUCCAGUGUGAGCUAUGUAAUGCAGAAUGAAGCUCUUUUAUCUUCUCAGACAGUGGAGGAGACUUUGCGAUUCGCGGCAGCGCUGAGAACGCCUUUGUUGUCGUUACCGCGGGAUGCUUCUAGUAAGGGAGGAGGGAAAAAGAUAAAGAGGGACGAUCUUGACCACAAGGAGAAGGAUGCUUGUUGCGUAGGUACUUCUAGAGAUGCUCAUACUGAUACCACUGAAGGCGAAGAACAAGCAGGCUUGGAUACAGACGUAAAAGAACUUGGUGACGAUGAUAACCAUGAAGAAGACGCCCAAGACCCUGAGGUGGUCGCAUCCAAUCCUCGUGCUUGCGCGCUUACUAAAUUUUCGGAAGCUAAUGCUGAGGAAGUUCUACAGGCUCUCGGCCUCCAAGAUGUCCGCCACAGCCAAGUCGGAAACCUUUCUGGCGGUCAGGCUAGACGAUUAUCAGUCGGCGUAGAAUUGGUUACGCGGCCGAGCCUCAUUUUCCUAGAUGAGUGCACUACCGGGUUAGACAGUUUCUCGACUGUGAAACUAUUAACGCAUUUGCGCGAAUACGCGGUCCAGCAGAACGCUAUAGUCGUAGCAACGCUGCAUCAGCCGAGUUCGGAAGUAUUCGAGCAUUUUGACCGAGUGUUAGUGAUGCGGAAAGGCAAAGUUCUCUUCCAGGGUUUGAAUGGACAUAAAGCACGAGCUUAUUUAGAAGAAUGGAAUGUUGAAAAGAAAAAGAUUCAUCCUCCUGUGCGUGCUGCCAUGGAACACCCUAUUAAACUAUCUGGAGCUCAUUUAGAAAAUGUUGAACAACGACCAAUAGAGGAGGUAGGAGGGGAGUUUGACGCUACAAACGAGGCGAACAGCACGACCAGAGACAUGAGAAGUCGUCCAGUUGUACCGGGAGGAGCAUCCUCUUCUACAUCAGGGACACCUAGUCGUGCCUCUUCGCCUUCGGGUGCCAACACUAGCGGAGCAGCAGUGCCGUCCAGUGUGUCUCCACCUCAUCCAUCUAGACUAGAUGUGCGAGACCCUGAAAGUUCGGCCUCUGAAGGGCUUCACUAUCGUGGCGGAAGUAGUGACGAUAAAAACGCCUAUUUUGCAACACUAAACUCCUCAUCUCAACAAAUAUUUGCAACCAAGCCCCGAACUAUUACAGAAGCAACCUUGGACUUCAGUCCUCUCAUGGGUUACUCUUCGUCUCGGGGCGCACGGUUAUCGAGUUCAUUUCAGAGUAAUAGAAGUGGCGAACGUGGUGGAGGUGAAGCUGGUAGUUCUAGGAUGGUUCUUUCUGGUCUAGGAGGAUAUGGUGCUCGUGGACAGUCAGAGUCGUCGACGCAAGGAGCGGCCAUGCUAUCCGGGCAAGUCUCUUCUUCGAGCUUGUUAGAAGCAACCAGAAAUAGAAGUUUGAGUACCUCCUGUAGCGCGCUACUCUUGAAUCCCGAAUUCGAUCCGAAGGUGUGCAAGAUGGACCAACUAGUCGUGCCUCACUUCGGUUCGGGGCUAGGUGGUCCAAGUAGUCCAAGUCCGGGUAGCGACGAACCUGCGUCUUCGUCACCAGGUGCCAACUACUCCGACAAAAACAACCUCUAUUCAUCCUCUGAACAACAACAGGUUGUGGACGACCUCAUGGUCGCUGAGGCACACGACAGGCCCACUUCUAUGCAAGAAUACCAAAUCUUCCAACAGGGGACUACCUCUUCUAUGAACGUUCUCGAAGUUCUUCAUGAAGCGCAUACUAUCGUCGGCUUUCUGAAUUUGGUCUGCCGUGGCCUACCAGAAGGCAUGAAUGUGGCUUCUUGGUUGCUUUUUAUAGCUCAGAUGAUGGACGACGCAGAUUGUGAAGUGGUGCAUAUGUCGACAGCCAGAGUCUAUGAAAUCGUGGAAAAACCUAUCUUAGAACGUGACCCAGUAAGUCAGUUGCGGUUGCCGUUAUUGCCGGAACUUUGUAACGAACAUGAAAGAAAAAUGCUACAAGAGUGGGAACAGAGACAAAUGGGGAUCAUGCACAGAGACAAAUGGGAACAGAGACCUUCUCAACAUACUACAGGAGACGCAGAUCAUGCUGGAAAUACUAGGCAGGGAAGUGCUCUCGCGAAGAACGAUGCGUAUACAGCUGAGGAGGACACCUUCACGACAACUCAGAUGACCCUGACCCGAUCUGCGAUCAACACUAGGGACAUCAACAUAUCUUCAAACAAUCAUCUGAGCAGUACAACUAAGGAUACAACAAGUACAACGAACUAUAGUCUGCUUCAAGGCAGAACUCUAUUGGAGACGAUCGACGAAGACGGCGUAUCCUCUCUGGAUAGUUCUGAAGCGACACCCAGUGUGGAUCUGAUGCUUUCGAGGAGUGAGAUAAAGUGCAAUCUAAAUGUGGGUCUAGUGCCCAACUUGCUCAGACAGCGACACAUGCAACGAGUGUACUUGGAGGAAAUCCUGCCUGAGCAUUUGCUACAAGACGCUAAGAACGGCGGCAAGAAGGCGAAGCUUUUUGCAACGCCACCCCCGUCUAGUGGGCGAAACUUUUCGAACUUCUUUUGUCAAUUUCGCAUCCUACUAAAGCGUGAGAUGCGUCACUUAUGGCGGUCGCCGCACCUGCUUCUGGCGAGAAUCUUCGUCCCAGUGGUUCAGAUCUCCUUCUACGGCAUCAUUUUCUUCGGCGCUGGCCGACAAUUCUAUGCGGGGAAGAAAGGAGGAGUCUAUCCUGGAUUUGAAGGGUGCUGUGGAAGUGGAUCCUCGACGUCCACUGACGGAAGAAACAGACUGAGUCAACAGGCUCAAAAACAACGGCAAAGCCUCAACUCAGAAGGCGAUUGGCAAGGAAAAAUGUUUGAGUAUUUCGGAGCUAUGGGCCAACCCUUCUACACUUUGAACACGCAAUCUGCGACCCAGUUUAUCCAGAACAUCCCGAGUGAGCGCGAAAUCUUUUUGCGGGAAUACAGUGCAGGAUUGUACUCGAUUCCGUGUUAUCUAUUGGCGAAGCUAAUCCCUGAACUGCUCGUUAUAUCACUGCAAGCUGUUCUUUUGCUCACGAUUCAGUGGCUAUUCGUCGGUUUUCCAUUAACUACAGAUCCAGCAGUUGCUUUUGGCCUCUUAGGUUUGUUGAUUGCGAACUCAUUGGCAGCUGGCAGUGUUGGGCAAUUUAUUGGCUGUGCAGCUGCGGACCGACCCGAAAUUGCAGCCUACGUUCAUUACGGGUAAACUCGACCCAUCUCCAACAGCAUCUUUUGGCCUUUUUCCACUUGAAAACAGCUAAAAGAUAUUCUAUUAAGAGAUGGGUAGUUGUCGGUACCUCUAACUUCAGCCGAUUUUCUUCCUCACCCUUUCCGCUGCGCUCAGUGGCAACUUCCGUCCCUUGCCGCAGAUCCCGUGGGCUCUUCGGUGGGCCGCUUACGUGUUCCCCACCGCCUUUAUGACAAGGAGCUAUGAUUAUAUGCUGUUCUCCAAUGCCGAGGAUAAUUUCUGGCCAGGAGAAGUUAGUCCCGAAAACUUGGAGACUUUUCGGAAAGUGCGGGAUAUACGAUUCGAGAAGAGGCAAUUAUCUUCACAAAUGCUCUUGCAGAAUUUCUUAGGGUUAUUGGGGAUUUUUUUGGCGUAUCGGAUUUUGGCAGGAGUGGUGUUAUGGAAGAAUAGUAGGUCGAUCUAUGCGUGAGAGAUCUAUAGUCCGCAUAGGAGAGAAGACCCGAAGUUGGACGUAGAAUGAAAUAGGGGAUGACAUCAAAAACACGCAUGCGAAGUGCGAUAAAUACUCACUAUUCAAGAUAGCAGUGCUUACCUCACCUGAUUAAUAUUAGUGAUCAAUUCAUGAUAAUAUCGAUGACUCUUCUCCAUUGAGUUGAGUAACCCCGUUUGUUGAUAAGAUUAUUUGACAACUUCUUCUCCAACCUGAUGUCUUAACUUUGUUAAAAU